GACCAAGGGGCGGUGCAAGUGUGGUGUCCCGCCCCCUGAGCACCGGCGCGCGGCCAUUGCGCGGGGAUGGAGCUGUCGGCGGAGGAGCGGGACCUGCUGCGGGCUCUCUGGAAGAAGCUGGGAAGCAACGUCGGCGUCUAUGUCACCGAGGCCCUGGAGAGAACCUUCCUGGCCUUCCCCUGCACCAAGGUCUACUUCUCCCACAUGGACCUGCGCCCGGGCUCGGCUCAGGUCAGAACGCACGGCCAGAAGGUGGCCGCCGCGUUGACCCUCGCUGCUGAUCACCUGGACAACCUGCCCAGCACAUUGUCGGCUCUGGGCGACCUGCACACGACCAGGCUGCGCGUGGACCCAGCCCACUUCAGGCUCCUGGGCCACUGCCUGCUGGUGACCCUCGUGCGGCACUUCCCCGGAGACUUCAGUCCUGCCCUGCAGCUCGCAGUGGACAAAUUCCUGGACCAUGUGAUCUCAGCGCUGACCUCAGGGCGGGAGGUCCCAGUGGUGGAGUAAAAGAUCCUGCAGCCU